ACAACACUGUUGUCAAUCUUACAGCGAGUUGCUCUUCUCUUGGACAAUUUACUUUUCUCAUAAACAUGUUGCAAGGUGUUCUUCUGUUGAUAUGGCUUACGCUGUCAUCACAACCCAUCGAGUGUCGGCCAGGUUUCUUUCUUGAGAAUCCAAAUUCUCGGGGAGUCAAUAUCAGCAAGAGCAACACAAAUCAUGAAUUGCAGAAAAUUAUGGACAAAUUCAACUUUGUUGGACGUAGCUGCAGAGAUAUUCAACAGAAAUAUGGUGCUCAUGAAGAUGGUCUGUAUUAUCUCACCACCUCCAACGGGGUCGUGUACCAGACCUACUGUGACAUGACCACUGCAGGUGGUGGAUGGACACUGGUAGCCAGUGUGCACGAGAACAACAUGUAUGGGAAAUGCACUGUGGGGGACCGCUGGUCCAGUGAACAGGGAAGCAAUCCCAACCGCCCUGAUGGAGAGGGUACAUGGGCCAACAUGAACACCUUUGGGACUCCAGAGGGUGCAACAUGUGAUGACUACAAGAAUCCCGGGUACUAUGAUAUCAUAGCACAAGAUGUGUCUGUUUGGCAUGUUCCUAACAAUAUUCCACUGCAACACAUGCGCAUUGCUCCCAGACUGCGAUACCACACAGAGACACGUUUUCUGACACUCUAUGGAGGAAACCUCUACCACCUUUUCAAGCGGUACCCUGUGAGGUAUAACAUUGGAAGGUGUGGCACCAACAAUGGACCAUCUAUUCCUGUGGUGUAUGAUUAUGGAAGUGCUGCCACUACAAGGAACUUUUAUGGCCCAAAUUCUAGAAAUGAAUUAAUUCCUGGCUACAUCACCUUCAGAGUGUUCAACCGUGAGAGGGCAGCCAUGGCCAUGUGUUCUGGAGUCAAACCAACUGGAUGCAACACUGAACAUUAUUGCAUUGGUGGUGGGGGACACUUUCCUGAAGCGGCUCCUCGUCAGUGUGGGGACUUCACAGGCUUUGACUGGAAUGGUUAUGGAACAGGAGCAGGAUGGAGUGCAUCCAGAGAGAUAACAGAAGCUGCUGUGCUGCUCUUCUACCGCUGA